AUGGAGGACUGCGUCAUCAGUACUAAAGAAGUUGAAGGAAAAAGAGUUCAUGAUCUUUUCCAAGCGAAGAUGAUGUCAAGAUCAACGAGAAGAAGACUCUGGGUACCAGGACCAGUCAUAGUCGGUGCUGGCCCUUCUGGACUUGCCACGGCUGCUUGUCUUAAAGAAAAAGGGAUUCCAAGCUUAAUACUUGAAAGGGCCAAUUGCAUUGCUUCUCUGUGGCAGCAUAAGACUUACGACCGACUCCGACUCCACCUUCCCAAGAACUUCUGCGAGCUGCCUCUUUUCCCCUUUCCAAAGGAUUUUCCCACUUAUCCAACCAAGCAACAGUUCAUUUCCUACCUGGAAUCGUACGCCAAACAUUUCGACUUGGAGCCUGCAUAUAACAACACGGUUGUGAGUGCAGAAUUCGACGAGGGAUGCGGGUUUUGGCGGGUUAGGACAGGCGUGGGACUAAAAGGGGAUCAGGAGACUGAAUAUGUAUGCCAAUGGUUAAUUGUUGCCACGGGCGAAAAUGCAGAAGAGAUAGUACCGGAAUUUGAAGGGAUGGACAAGUUUUUAGGGCCUGUUGUACAUACAAGCUCGUAUAGACGUGGGGAUUGUUUUCAAGGGAAGUCAGUUUUGGUGGUUGGAUGCGGGAACUCAGGCAUGGAAGUCAGUUUGGAUCUCUGCAACCAUAAUGCUUGCCCAUCCCUUGUGGUCAGGGAUUCCGUGCACGUCUUGCCUCAGGAGAUGCUUGGGAGAUCAACGUUUGGACUGGCGAUGCAGUUGCUCAAGUGGUUCCCCGUCAGGCUAGUUGAUCGAUUUUUACUUGUAAUAUCUUGGAUUAUGCUAGGAAAUACGGCACCACUAGGUCUCCCCCGACCAAAGAUUGGUCCCCUGGAACUCAAAAGCAUUACCGGGAAGACCCCUGUAUUGGAUGUUGGGACACUUGCCCAGAUUAGAACUGGAAAAAUAAAGGUGGUCCGGGGAAUAAAGAGAUUAAUGCGUAAUGCAGUCGAAUUUGUUGAUGGGAUGGUUGAGAACUUUGAUGCCAUCAUCUUAGCGACAGGUUAUAGAAGUACUGCACCAACCUGGUUGAAGGGGAAGAAUUUGUUCUCGGAGGAAGAUGGCUUCCCCAGCAAACCAUUCCCCGAUGGAUGGAAAGGUCAUAAUGGUUUAUAUGCCGCGGGAUUCACCAAGAGUGGUCUACUUGGCACGUCAAUGGAUGCCAGGAGGAUUGCGGAGGACAUCGAGAAACAGUGGAAGGUGAGGGCUGUGCAAUUCCAGGGCCUUUGCUAAUUCAUCAACAUCACAGCCCGGAUUUGUAUGGAAGUGGUGCAACUCAGCUUGUAAAUCGACUUGCUGCGCAUGCAUAAUUUGUCCACUAUGGACACAUGUGGAAGAAUCUAAUUAAUCUCUUCCCCGAACGAACCAACUAUGUGCAAAUGCCGAUGAAUCCUAAUCUCUUCCCCAAACAAACCAUGUAUAAGUGUACAUGAAUGUAAGGUUUAGCUAUUUUUGUGUAAUUAGGCUAGGUGAGUUGGGGUGAUUGGCUGGUAAUAUGUAGAUUAAUUAGAUUUUCGGGGCUUAAUUAUAUUGAUGCCGUGAGAAUAUGUGUUGGA